CGUUCCGUAAAUAGCCUUCCUUGUUCUUGUCACAUCAUCAUGACAUCCGUUAAAGGAGUACUACCGAUCAUAUUGUGUGGAAAGUCAACAAAUGUUGCUAAUGCAGUAAGCAAGGCUCUUCAGCCGCAAAUACAGAUCACACAUACAUACUUUAGCGUUGAAUCAGCAAAAGAAGAAAUACCAAAAGUGUUGAAAAUCAAAGAUGAAAACCGACCUUUAGCAGUAAUGCUAGGAGGUGCUUUUGACGAUCAAGCAUUUUCGGACAUUCGUAAUGCUGUCUCACAAUCUGGAGAAAAGACAACUUGGCUACGCAAAGACAACAAUCAGAAGGCCUCGGUAUCACCCUCUGAAAAUCAAGCAGGCUAUGGAGAAGAAGUAGCUUUGAGAGCGAAAGAGUUGCUUCUGAAGUUGGCUUCAAACCAAUCACUUUACAAUCCCUCGAAUGAUGUGGAGGUCUAUUGAUGGGGAUGGACGAAAUAGAACUCACGGAAUGGGUCGAUGCUAGAUAUCUAUACUCCGGAAAAUAGUAAAGGAAUGCUAUAAUUGCCAUAUUGUCGGCUUCAAAGCACAAAUUCGACACUCGCUUGCGGUAAAAUAUAAAUUGCGUGACAAUGAUCUCUAGGAUUAAAAAUACAGUAUAGUAAAGGAAGGAAAGACUACUGGUUCCUUUCAUUAUGGUUAGGAUCCGGUAACAUAUUGUGGAUGUUUUGUGGUACCUCACUGAUAGCCUGUGUUGGGCUAACGGGUGCACUGUUUCCGCCUGUCACGCUAUCAUCAUGUUGUCCGAGCC